CACGCGGCGUACUAUCAAUAUCCAUUCUAGGCAGACAAAUCAAGUUGCCCGCUUACAAAGCAAGAUCGAAGAGCACUCCGUCGAGAUCCCGGUGACCAUGGAGACAUCCUCGGUGUUCGCUGCCUUCGACAAGGACGGCAACGGUAAGUUAUCUGUAUCCGAGCUGCAGUUCGGCAUGGUGGCUACCCUGGGAGAGGACGUGUCAGAGGAGGAGGGGGCUGCGACCCUUGCGGCAGCGGAUGUUGACGGUGACGGGACGCUAAACAGAGAAGAGUUCUCACGCCUAGCCGCUGGCACCCAUAAAGACGACGACGAUGAUGUCGUCGAGCAAAGGUGCCUAAGGGAGGCGUUCUGGAUGUAUGCAUCCUCGUCGAUGGAUGACAGGACGACGAAGGCGACGAUGAUCACGCCGGCGAGCCUGAGGCGGACGUUGAGCAGGCUGGGGUCGCACGAGUUGGGCGUGGAGGAGUGCAGGGCCAUGAUCUGCAGGUUCGACCUCGACGGCGAUGGCGCACUCUCAUUCGACGAAUUUAGGGUCAUGAUGAUGGCCUGA